GGCCCGCGGCGCGCCACCGGAGGAGGAAGUGGUGCGGUUGUUGCUCCCUCUGCGCCCACUGCUGGCUCCCGGGGCGCGGAGAGGGGCAGCUACCGCCACCGCCGCCGCUCGGUCGCGCUUCUUACUACUAUUUCCCUCCAUGUGCUCCGGUGCCGUCUCUCCCCUUCCACAGGCCGCCGCUUACCCCGGGGUCUAUGGAAGUAAUGGAAGGACCCCUCAACCUGGAAUGUUUGUCUUCUAGGCUCAUCAACAGAGCAGACGAGCAGAUCGUUUAUUAGCUGCAGGGAAAUACGAAGAGGCUAUUUCUUGUCACAAAAAGGCAUCAGCGUAUCUUUCUGAAGCCAUGAAGCUUACACAGUCUGAGCAGGCUCAUCUCUCACUGGAAUUGCAAAGGGACAGCCACAUGAAACAGCUCCUCCUCAUCCAGGAGAGGUGGAAAAGGGCCAAGCGGGAGGAGAGACUGAAAGCCCAGCAGAGAACAGAUAAGGAUGCGGCUGCCCAGCUUCAGGCCCUGCACAAGCCCGCUUCCGAGGGUGCGGAGGGCCAGGGUCCCCUUCUCUCUGAGAAACACAGCCCUUCCAUGGAGAAGCAUCUGCCUGAAGUCCAGGGGGUCUUUGACAGGGAUCCAGACACGCUACUGUUUUUACUUCAGCAGAAGAGGGAGCCGGCAGAGCCCUGCAUUGGAAGCAAAGCCCCCAAGGACGACAAGACAAUCAUAGAGGAGCAGGCGACCAAGAUCGCAGACUUGAAGAGACACGUGGAAUUCCUUGUGGCUGAGAAUGAAAGGUUACGGAAGGAAAACAAACAACUAAAGGCUGAAAAGGCCAGACUUCUAAAAGGCCCAGUAGAAAAGGAGCUGGAUGUAGAUGCCGAUUUUGUAGAAAAGUCAGAGCUGUGGAGCUUGCCACCACAUUCGGAAACUGCCACAGCCUCUCCAACCUGGCAGAAGUUUGCAGCAAAUACCGGCAAAGCCAAGGAUAUCCCCAUACCCAACCUUCCUCCCUUGGACUUUCCAUCUCCAGAACUUCCCCUUAUGGAGCUCUCUGAGGAUAUUCUGAAAGGAUUUAUGAAUAAUUAAAAUGAAAGGCCAUAAAGGAACUGAGAAGAAAGGACAAAAUAAUAGAAUAAUACAGUUAAUCCAGAAAAAAAAAA